AUGAUUGAUUUUAGAUUGGAACAAUCGAAAAAUCAUUAUCAACAUCGAGACGGUCGAAAUAUAAGAAGACAUUUUGCUGAAGCGAUCUCUAGUGAUUGGAGACAGGCCAAUCGACUAGGAAAACAAGAGAUGGUAAGUGCUUUUCGAUAUGAAUCUCGAAAUACAGACAAUCAAAUACGUAAAAAAAUAGAGAACCAGCUGAUCUGGCAUACCUUCAUGCCGAAUAUCAAAAUUUGACGAGAAUUUGAAUAUCAAAAUUUGAUUAAGUUUUGAAUUUUUCAUGAAAAAUUGGCAGUAGUUUUCGAGCUGAAAUACAUGAAAUUCAUGGUUUUCAUCUCGAAAACUAGCAAAACCGUGGUUUUUCUCUCGAAAAUCCCUGAAAAUCGCGAUUUUCCAGCUGAAAAUUGUGAUUUCCAAGGAUUUUGGGCAGAAAAUCUGAAAUUUGGCUUGAAUUUUGAAAGUUUGUCUUGAAAUUCACGUUUUUGGAAGAAAUCGGUUACUAACAUUAAGACUGAGCCUAAGCCUGAAGUGAUGUUGAAAUUUUGAGAUAAUUCUUAACUGUCAACAUCAUGUUCAAGUUUAGACUUAGGCUUAGCAAACCCCCUAGAAAGUUGCGAUUUGUCCCGGAAAAACAUGAAUUCCAAGAAAAUUUUCAAAUUUCAAGCCGAUUUUCAGAUUUUCUGCCCAAAAUCCUUGGAAAUCACAAUUUUUAGCUGAGAAAUCGUGAUGUUCAAGGAUUUUCAGCCAAAAAGCUGAAAGUUUCAGCCAAAAUCUGGAAUUUCAGCCCAAAAUUAAGAAAAUUUGGAAUUUACAGCUUUUCCUUGACCCGGAACCUUGAAUUUUCAAAUUUCAAGGUUUCGAGCGAGGGAAAAGCUGAAUUUUCAGCCAAAUUUCUAGAAAAAUCUAAGUUUUGGGCCAAAUUACGCCGAAUUUUUCGAAAAAAUCUGUAAUUCCGGGUCCUGAGUCCGGUUUUCAACAAAAAUCGGAAUUUUUGACAAAAAAUUGGGAAAAAUUUGAAAUUUCAGCCAAAUUUCUAGAAAAAUUCAAAUUUUGGGCCACAUUUCAAUAAAAAGGCCAAAUUUUUUGAAAAAGUCUGUCAUUUUGGGCCCUGCGUCUGAAAUUCAUCAAAAAAAGCCCAAAUGUCGGGCUCUCUAGGCUAAAUUUUGAGAAAAAGCCCAGAUUUCAGGCCUUAAAUCAGAAAUCUAAGGAUUCAGGCCUGAAAAUUAAGAAAAAGCCCAAAACUCAAGAAAAUAUCAAUUUUCAACCAAAAAUUCCCAAAAUUUAUCAAAUUUCAAUUUUUUUUUCCAGAAAUUGGCAAUAUUCGAGCAAAAAAUUGACAAUUCGAGGAUAAAAAGGUCAGUUUUUUUUCGAAUUUUCAUAAAAAUAUCAAAAUUUCGCGGCAUUUUAAGUUUAGCAAAGUUUCUUGAUUUUUAGGCUUAGGCUUAGUUAGAGCUUAGGAAAAACUGCAAAAUUUUCAAGAAACUCGCGCGGUUUUUGUUUUUGAAACAUCUCGCUCUGAAAAUCGGCUUACGGAAACAUUUCGACCUGUAGUUCCAGAUUCUGAAAUGUUUCACACCAAGCCUGUUUCUGGGUUGCUGACCAUUUAACUUUUUUUCGAACAUUUUCGCAAAAAUAGUGGACACGUUUUUGUUAACUUAUCCUCAAUUUUCUUUCAUUUCGAAAUGUAUUCAAAAAUGAGCACCGAGUUUGAAGCACGAAUCAACAAAGCUCAAAUUAGUUCUAUUAUUAGAAAAUUAGCCUAGAUGAGCCGAGUUUUACUAAAAUUAUUAGAGUAUAGGAAGAUUAUGAAAGUUCAUAUCUUACAAUUCGCAGAUGUGUUUCGCUAUGUUUUUUACCAAUAUGUACCUACAUUUGAAUAUCAUUUUUCAGAUUUCCUCCAAUGCGACACAAGAUAUUCAAUCAACAACAAGCUGCCGCGGAGCCAAAAAUGAUAAUUAUUAUUAUAACUUCUGUAUUUAG